AUGGCGAACGGAGUGGUCCAUAUUUUCAAAGAAGAGCGCUGUCCCUCUGGUCACACUGAGGACGAAUGCCUUCCAAACUUUACUUGGCCGACCGCGCUUUCGGAUAUGUUCAACUACACACCCAACGGCACCUGGGACUCGGACGCAGAGCCAAUGUCGCCCAUCAUCCCUAUAAUUGUGGCUGUGUACUCCGUGGUGUUCGUGGUAGGCUUGGUGGGAAACUGCCUGGUCAUGUUUGUAAUUAUAAGAUACACCAAAAUGAAGACUGCCACAAACAUCUAUAUCUUUAAUCUGGCCGUAGCCGACGCCCUGGUCACCACAACCAUGCCGUUCCAGAGCACAGACUACCUGCUCAACUCGUGGCCUUUCGGAGAAGUGGCCUGCAAAGUCUUCAUCUCCAUCGACUACUACAACAUGUUCACCAGCAUCUUCACCCUCACCAUGAUGAGUGUGGACCGCUACGUGGCCGUGUGUCACCCCGUCAAGGCGCUGGACUUCCGGACGCCGCUGAAAGCCAAAAUCAUCAACGUGGUCAUAUGGGUUUUGUCGUCCGGAGCCGGGAUCCCCGCCAUGAUCCUGGGCAGCACUCAGACCAACAACGGUACUACUGAGUGCGCCCUGCAGUUCCCUGACCCUUACUCCUACUGGGACACCCUGAUGAAGAUUUGCGUCUUCAUUUUUGGUUUCGUCGCCCCCGUCAUCAUCAUCACCGUCUGCUACACGCUCAUGGUCCUCCGCCUCAAGAGCGUCCGCCUUCUCUCUGGCUCCCGCGAAAAAGACCGCAACCUCCGGCGAAUCACGCGCCUGGUCCUCGUGGUGGUGGCUGUGUUCGUCAUUUGCUGGACUCCCAUUCAUAUUUUCAUUCUGAUCAAAGCUAUUCACGCAGACAUCCCGGAGACCACGGCGGUGACGGCUGCAUACUUUUUCUGCGUGGCGCUGGGCUACACCAAUAGCUCCCUCAAUCCAAUUCUGUAUGCAUUUUUGGAUGAGAAUUUCAAAAGAUGCUUCAGGGAUUUUUGUUGCCACGGCGGACGAGGAAAGGGGGACCUCCAUGGGGUGAGUAAAGUCCGAAGCACCCUCAGAGACCACUCCUGUCCCGGAAGCAGGAGGGAAGGCAGCAGGCAGCCCAGGCCCGUAUGA